UUGAAACAGAUCACUUUUGUGGCCUCAUGAAUUAAGUCGUUCCAGCGUAGUCAACGGCCUCAGCCAAAACAGCUCAUUAGCACUCAGACGCUUCUGGUGUGUGAUCAAUGCAGCAGUCCUUAGAUAAACGGGCAUGUAAAAUGGGGCCAGGUCUUACCUCCAGUCGGGUACCAAAGCAGUCGAGAGCAAGGAGUUAUGAUCAUAUCAAAUACCAUAACAAAGCCCCAGAUAACCAGCGAUAUAUUGAACGGUAACCAGCAUCAAGAUUGCAACGCACAUUUGCUCAACCUAGUCAUAUUUCAUCUUCAACACGUCCCAGACUCCCAACCAGUCUUACUCAAAACCUACAGCCUCACCAUCAAUCAACAACAUCAACAACAGUCAAAACAACAAACUGGACAUGUGCCGCCUCAUCCGAACGCGAUACUCAUGCGGCCACCCAGCAGCCGACGAAUUCCGCCCCUGCCCGCAUCUCCUACGAGCCGUACGCCUCGCCACCUAUACCAAUACCAUCUCCUGCCGGGCACGACUGGGAAGAGACCUAUCGCAAGACCUAGAAAUCAAGUGCCCGCCAUGCCACGAGGACUGGCUCUGCAGCAUAGUAGCCCAGUGGAAGGCCGAAUGGGAGGAGCUGGAGGCCUGGGCGCGGGCGACACGGAGCGCUUACAAGCUGCGGACCGUCCUUUGCGCGCAAGACGACCGGCGAAAGGAGCUUGCGGAGGAGCUUGGCGAGCUUGAGAGGGCUAUGCGCGACUGGGGCCAGGGGGAUAUCUACCGGUUGCUGUCGAAGUGGAUGGCGGAGCAGUUGGCGAGUAUCAAGAUUGAUAUAGGCUUGUUGUAAAGUUGUUAUGGGGGAAUAUCAAUAUGGGCGGGGGAGGGGACGAGAGGAUGCUAGUGGUGUUAGUACUUGGCUUUCCUGCUUUUCCUUGCUGGUUCUUUAGUUUGGUUCUCUUCCAAUUACCUGUUAUCCAGUAUCCUAUAGAUUAAGAGGUCCUAAGCUC